AUGGCCACUUGAUGUGCCUCCUCUCCCUUGGAGAGGGCCAUGCGGCCCGUUCGUGUCCCAUUUUCCAGCCAUGGCAGCUCAAUGUGGCAUCAAACUGCAUUCAUUGUACAAUGUAGAUGCAGCCUCAAUGGAAAUCUUCCCCACGGAGAUGUUUCUUGAAAAUUAAUGAUGAAGCUGAACUUCAAGUUAAUGAGAAAUAAUUGUCUUUGGACAACGCCGGCUCUUCGGCUUAGAAAUGGAGAUGAGCACCAACCCCCAGAGUUGGUCACGGCUGGACUUAAUGUCAGGGGAAACCUUUACCUUUACCUUUAUCAUGUGUUUAUACUUGCCCAAUGCAGUGAGAUGGACAAAGAACACACACAUCAGCAAGUUUGAAAAAAGUAACUGCCAAGCGCUGGGGUUCUGUGGAUGUGCAACUGAAUGGGCAGUUGCUGAGAAAUGAGAGAUGGAGCUGUUUCCAGCCAUCCCAGAGGCCUUUGGUUUGUCACUGUGGGAAACAAGAUGUUGGACAGGAUUGGCCUUUCUUCUGAGCUCAAUACGCUCUUCUUAAAUCCAGGGACAGCGCUCGUCUUUCUUGGCACUGAAAAUAGGUUAUUGGGCUAAAUGCUUAAAAUGUCACUGCUCAAUUUAAACCGCAGGAGAGAGUGAACUCUGUGUUUUGAAAUGCAGAUUGCUUCUUCUUGCCGCAGCCUCUGGUAUCACCUAUUACAUUUGCGGAGAUCAGAUAAAACCCUACAAGAUAUAGUGUACAAACUGGUUCCGGGACUAUUCAAAGAUGAAAUGAAGAGGCGACGUGAUUUCUAUGCAGCAUAUCCUCUGGCUGAAGUUCCUAAUGGAUCCAAUGAAGACCGGGGAGAGGUUUCGGAACAAGAGAAAGGGAACCUAUCGGAUGAUGAAAUUGUCAGCUUAUCUAUAGAAUUCUAUGAAGGAAUCAGAGAAGAAAACAAAGGAAUGGUUGAAAAUGGAAACCUGGAUAAAGACAAAAAGAACAGCAUGAGGUUCCUCCGUUGUCCUGCCGCCAUGACCAUCAUGCACCUGGCCAAGUUUCUCCGCAACAAGAUGGAUGUGCCCAGCAAAUACAAAGUGGAAGUUCUCUAUGAAGAUGAGCCUCUGAAAGAAUAUUAUACACUCAUGGACAUUACUUACAUCUAUCCUUGGCGAAGGGUGAGUGACGAGGGAAACCCUCUUAUUAAAGAAGUACAUCUUUCGGAAAUACUCAAGAAUGGUCCUCUUCCCUUGAAGUACCGGGUCCAGCCAGCCUGCAAGAGGCUAAAGCUGUCCUCCCAGCCUCCCCAUUCAGAAUGCACCAACACCAGUGGUGCGUCCGAGUGUGAAUCCGUCAGCGACAAGGCUAACAGCCCUGCCACCUUGCCGGCCACCACCUCUUCCUCCUUGCCCAGCCCGGCCACACCUUCGCAUGGCUCCCCAAGCUCCAACACCACCACUGUGAGCAUCCCUGCCAACUCUUCCUCUGGCGCCAUGCUCAAUGGCUCCUCCUCGAACUGCCACCAGAUGCAGCCCUUGGCCAGCAGGGGACGCAAGACCAUGGUGAAUGGUGGUCCAGCGAUGUCUGCUUUGACUUAAAAAGGAAAGAAUGGCUCCUUUCCCCUCCUUGUUGCCAGAUCCUGGGUUUUAUAAAUAAGUAUAUUAUUAUGUGUAGAUAGGGGCAGUGGUGGGUGGGUUGGGGAAAUUAUACAUACUUAUUUUCUAUUGAUUGGUUCGAUUUAAUUUAAGAAAAAAAAUAAUGCAAAAAGAGACAAAAAAAUCCACGGUGUCCUCCCCCUUUUUUAAUUUUUCAAAAAGCAGAAAAUGUGCUCACGUAACUGCAUGGUGGCAUCUGUUGUAAAAGCUGCAGCGCUUUCUUGUUAAUAAUUUUUUAAAAAGCAAAUAAACGUGUGCCCUCGAUUUAUAGCGAAACUAACUGCACAGCCCUAGAGUGAGAGAGAAAGAGAAAAACGCACAGCCUUAAACCUGCCAGACUUUUCUUUCCUAGAAGCACACGUGGCUUUCGUGUUGUCUUUUUGUCAUAGUAGCCCGACUUCUGAAUGCCUCAAGCACACAUUCUCACGCCAUUUACACUGCCUUUCGGGGUUCAUAUUCCCAUAUCUACCUCUCAUGGCCUCUGCUCCAAACCCUGAAAGGACCAAGGCCCUUUCUACACUGCCAUAUAAUCCAGAUAAUCAACGCGAUUAAUCCACAUCUGCUUUGAACUGGAUUAUAUGAAUCUACAUUACCAUAUAAUCCAGUUCAAAACAGAUAAUCUGGAUUUGAUAUGGCACUGUAGAAGGGACCAGUCAACCCAUUCCCAAAUACUGGGAGUUACAGUCUUAAAAAGGAACAUUUUCCCAAGCUCUGAGUGCUCCUCGAGGCCCCUUCCACACAAAUGAAUAAAAUCCCACAUUAUCUGCUUUGAACUGGAAUAUAUAUGGCAGUGUGGACUCAGAUAACCCAGUUCAAAGCAGAUAUUGUGGAUUUUCUGCCUUGAUAUUCUGGGUUACAUGUCUGUGUGGAAGGGCCCUGAGUCUUGUGCUAAGCACAUAUUUCUUGGAGUAGUAAUUUAUUAUUUUUUUCAUCCUUUUUCACUUGUGCACAAUGUCUCUGCCUGCUUAUUGUCUUUCGAAGCAUGCAUGCACUUCACGUUUAACCCAGUUGACUUAUUUUCCUACCAUAGAAUAUAGGAAAUAUUGGGGUGAGUUCUUUCUUAGGCCCCUUCCACACUGCCCUGUAUCCCAGGAUCGGAUCCCAGAUUAUCUGCUUAUCCCAGAUUAUAUGGCAGUGGAGACUCAUACAGUCUAGUUCAAAGCAUAUAACCUGGGAUCAGAUCCCAGAAUCACUUUAGUUAGAAGUGGCAUUCUCCACAUUUAGAGGCAGCCUGUAUGUAAGUGAUAGGUGCUAUAGACCAAGCAUGGGCAAACUUUGGACCUCCAAGUGUUUUUUUUUAACUUCAAAGGCUGAUUUGUGGGAGUCCAAAAACACCAGGAGUGCCAAAGUUCACUCAUGCCUGCAAUAGACUAACAGCAGAGAUUAGUAACUCUAUGCCCAAGUAUAUUUGGCAGAUCAUGUUUGACUGCUAGAUGAACACAUUCACUUCCUUGGCGUGGACUUGCGGUAGCUGAAUGUGUUUUAAAUUGACAGUGUAGAUGUAACUCAAGUUUGUAUUUCCAAGAAUAACUGGAACAUGCAAAACCUGAAGUCUAGACCAUGGCAAUGUCUCCCAUUUUGAAGCUUUCAAAAAUGUGCUUCUUGACUCUAUGGAAUCCACCGAAAGUAGGAUGUGUGUCCAUCUAACCCUUGUGUUUGUCAUUACUGGACAUGCUCGCAGAGCUUGGAAAGGUUACCUUUUGGACAACCCCCAGGCCUCUUCUAUACUGCCAUAUAAAAUCCAGAUGAUCUGCUUUGAACUGGAUUAUAUGGCAGUGUAGACUCAUAUAAUCCAGUUCAAAGCAGAUAAUGUGAUAAUCUGAAUUAUAUGGCAGUGUACAAGAGGUAUUUAGGGCCCCUUCUACACUGCCAUAUAAUCCAGAUUGUUAGAGCAGAUAAUCGACAUUAUUUUCUCUGAACUGGGUUAUAUGGGUCCACACUGCCAUAUAAUAAUAAUAAUAAUAAUAAUAAUAAUAAUAAUAAUAAUAAUAAUAACAACAACAAUAAUAAUAACAACAACAACAACAACAACAACUUUAUUCUUAUACCCCGCCCCAUCUCCCCAAAGGGACUCGGGGCGACUUACAUGGGGCCUUGCCCAACACAACAAUAUAACAAAAACAGCAAAACAAUAAACAAAUAUCCCAACAAUAAAACAUCAGCAUCAAUAAAAGUCAUAAAAAACCAACAUACAAAAUAAAAUGUUAAAAAUAGGAAACGAAUACACGGAUCCAGUUUAAAUCAGAUAAUCUGGAUUUUAUAUGGCCGAGUAGAAGGAGCCUAUGAGUUCUAGUCACCCAAAAGUAACUUCCCCCAAUUCUGCAUGAUUACAGACAGAGUCAGCUCAUUCCAAAUAUUGGGAUGGAAAUUGUAAGGAACUUGAUGUGGCCGAGGAUGGAAUCCCCUUUGAAUCCCCUCAGCUUUGCCACCAAUAUGUACGGAGGUGAGGUGUCUGACAGGAAUGUGUGUCAGAGAUGGAACCCUUUUGAUCCCACACACGCACACACACAGGUACCACCACUUAAUAAAGAUGUUUUAUGAGAGAUGAUGUUAAUUAAUUAUUUGUUUGAUUUAUCUUCUUCUUCGCUGCCACCAAUGGAGACGUCAGGCAGAUGGUACUGGUUCUUAUAAGCUUUCUCUAUUUGUUCCACUUCAGGUGUUGAUGUUACUUAACUUAAUAUGAGAGUAUGACAGAGGCUUAGUUAGAAUAAAAUCAAAACAAGUUUAUUGCAGGUACAGAGCUUGAUGGUUUCAGAUAGCUUGGUAAAGGCACUUCACUUAAUGGUUACAAACGGUUAUGAGGUGGUUAAACUUUCAAAAUACUUCUUUCUUUAAGUUACACUAAACCCUGAUCCUACUGGAUCCCCUGGGAUUAAUGUCCCCUAAUCCACAGACUCUACAACUGACCCUAGACAAAUCACCUAACUUGCCUAGUCUGGUCUAUCCUAAAUCUGACUCAAAUCUCUCUAUUUAAGUCAACCUGAUUCUCCACACAAGAAUCAGAUCCUUCCCUGUGACUAGAAAAUCACAGACUCCUAAAAUAAAUCCUUUUAUUUUAGGCCUGACUCAAAUUCUUCUGAGUCACCCUGAUUCUCCACCUGAGAAUCAGUUCCUUCACUGUGAAUGGAAAUCACAGACUGCCCUUGGGUUUUAAAAUAUUCCCCCUUCUCCUUUCCAGGCGGCGGUUGGCUCCGCCCCUGUUGCUAUGGUAACCUGCUCUGGCAUUCUAAGAUGGCUACCUUUCCCCAUACAUAAUGUCAAUUCAAAUACUCACCAUUUUAACUUAGCCAAACCUGGCUGUAUAAACAAAAUCCAAUAAACAUGUCAUCUAUAAACAAAAUAUAAUUAUACACUUCUUCACAGAAAUACGUUACCAUUCUAAGAAUUUGUUCUAUAUGUUUUUUCACUUUCUUUCUUUUUUUAAAAAAAGCAUGUAAAUCAAGUUUAAAAAUAAAUAUAGUGCCUUUGAAAAGGAAACUUUAUUUAUUAACACGUGGAGGCAACAGACCAGCUUUGUGCUUUUAACUGUGAGGUGGGGAAAGAUAGAAAUCUUUUCUUUUGCUAACUUGCAAAACUGCCAGGUGGAGACGCACAACUUCCAGUGAGAAGAGUUAUAUUCUUCUGUCAGCUUGAAUCCUCUUGCCUUUUUCUUAUGCAGGAAAAAUAAAUCUAGAACAAUUCUCCCUUCCCUUUUGCUUGUAGGGUAGGAAGGGCUAACUUGACCCAAGCACAUUUUAUAUCCCUGGAUGUCGAAACCUUUUAAUCAUAUUUCCCCCUCCUGGUAGACUCCUGAGAGCAACUGAAUCCCACAAGGCAACCAAUAAGAUGGAUUUGGGGUCUUUUCAAAAAUUUAGUUACAAUGCUAUGAUUCUACUUUAACAGCCAUGGCUAUCCUAUGGAAUCUGGGGUUUUAUAGUUUGAAGAAGCAUCAGUGCUUUCUGAGAGACACUCUCUAUCAAGAGCAAAUUCUUGGAUUUUACAGGAUGCAUCCAUGGAAAUUAAUAUGGAAUCAUCGUGCUACAAUUUUAUAGUAUGGACCAAACCCACUUUUAUAGGUAGGUAUGCCUGGGGCCAAGGAGACAUAGCAGAGGAAAGCAUGUUCAGCAAGCUGGCAAUGUAUCUGUGCGCCUCAGGCCUUUUCACCCACAUGUUGCAAACUUUUGAACAAAGUCAUGCCAACCCACUAAGUUGAGUGCAAGUACUUGGAUUAUCCUACUUAACAGAAGCACUAGAAUAGGAAAAAGUGAAGCUUCACUAGAUAUAUGUCGGACCUUGCACAAUGUGAUGUUUUAAAAACAAUGCAUCCCUCCCCACUCCUACUUUUCAUUAGCUAUACAAUAUUUUGAUAAAUAGUCCUAGCAUAUUCAAACGUCCCCAUAGAGCAGUGGUUUUCAACCUGUGGUUCCCCAGAUGUUUUGGCCUUCAACUCCCAGAAAUCCUAACAGCUGGUAAACUGGCUGGGUUUUAUGGGAGUUGUAGGCCAAAACACCUGGAGAACCACAAAUUGAGAACCACUGCCAUAGAGGCAACAGCAUCCAACUUGCCUUGUUGGGUCAGACCAAAGGUCUGACUGAGAUCCAAAGAAUGGCUUGGGUUUAUGGCGGAUGGAGCUUUCUGUAGCCAAGUAGAGUAGUGUAGACUGUUCUUUCUCCCAAUAGCUGAUAUUUCUAUCUUCGUUGACACAUCUCAAAUUGUUUGCCCAUACCCAAUAAACAAUUCUGAGAAAUGGUGGAGGAUGCUGUCCUGGAGUCAGUCAAGUCAAUAUGUGUAAUGUGUGGAGGCACCGUUUUGUAUUUCAAUUUGAAUUGGGCCUGCCCGAUUGCUUUCCCUUUUAGCUGCAAGACAUGGUGAUAACAGGCAUGUUCUCUUGGGGAAAUUGUGGCUUACCAGGCCAAUAAUCACAGGAAGAAUAUAUCCAUGCCUCUGAGUUUGCGAACCUUUGUCAUUCCAAAUCUUUUGACCAACAACAUAUGGAAGCAGAGGCACCUUUGACGUACCCAAUGAAAUCCACAGAAGAAAUGGGAGACACAUCUCAAGGUGGUCCAAAGAUGGUUGUUUCAUUAGCAAAAGAAGCCUGAUGCAUUUUAGCUUGUGUAGACUCUUAAGGCCGCCUUCAGUGCCUAUAUAAAACCGGAAACAGAUUUCAAAAACCUUCAAACCUUAGCCUUUGCUCACAUGUUGUCACUUCUCCAGUAAAUAGUUUGAGAGGUCCUUGUUGAGAAGGUUCUGAACUUUGACAUUAAAUAUGUAUGUACAGGCCCUAAAUGAUGUAUUGAUAAUUAUGAUUUUAUGUAAUGUGAUGUCAUGUAUUUAUGUUUUAGUUGAGAUACGUCUCCAUUUCUUUUGUGGGUCAACAACCUAUUGUGGCAGACAGAAAGACUGUUCAGAGUUGUGGCCCCAAAUCUCUGAAGACUAAAAGUUCUUCACACUUGCCAUGUACCCAGAGCAUAUCCUGAAACCCAGCACCCCCAAAUGUAUUUUGUUGGAUUCUCUUACAACGAGGAAUAUUUUUUUUCUAAGAUGCUCUUUCCAACUCCCCUCUCUUUUCACUAGUUGUCUUUUCUCCAUGGUGCUGAUUGAGCACUCCUUGUUCCUUAUUAUUCCUCAAUUGUUUUUGAUAACUUUAUGCUUACAAAAAAAGGAAGGACCAACGUUGAUGGUUCCUUCUCUCACCGUUUUGUGUUUUUCGUCAGCAGUUGUCAGAGUGCCGCAAAGUCAAGACACGGUUUGUAGGGUAGGUGAAAACAGAUCACAACUUCCCAGUUUGACCCACUUGGUUGAUGUAGAAGUGGCCGUUGCUAUGUUUUGAAGAGAAGUACAUUCAGCAUGGGAACUGUUUCCCAUAUAGUUUUAAGGGUCUAGUUAGAAUCUACAAGCCUGCUUUAAAAAAGGAGGAAUUUUGUCGUGAUCACACUAAAACAGUCUGCUAACAAAUGGUUACUACAAAUACGACUUUGUUUGGAUCCCUCUUUUUGUAGUUUGCUGAGUGUGGCUGGGCUAUACCUCUCAAUGGGCCUGAUGUAGUUUUGUGGCCUCCUCCUGAGCAGAGGUCCAGGAGGCCUAGUGAAGGCAAUAAAUAUUCUUUUCCAAGCCAGCACCCUCCAGAUGUCUUGAGCUACAAACUUCUUCAUUUCCAGCUGGCUGGGGAACAUAGGGUUUGUAGACCAACACCUCUGGAGGUCACUAGGUUGGGAAAGACGACACAACAAGAACAGCAACACAUGUAGUAAUGUUUUCUCUCCUUUCCCUGUUGCCUCAGAUUGAGAUUUCGAUGUCACGUUCAUGGCAAUAUGCCUCGCUUAAGAUUUUGCUGGACCUUGAGAAAUCCAAAAAAGGUUUCCCUACCUGCUCGUUCUCUUUGUAUAUACUGAGUAAACUGACUAAGGCAAUGAAAGGGCCUCAUGGAUGUUUCUCCCUUUCCCUCCUCCUUGUUCCCUCCUCACCUUUUUGUACAUUUUUUUAAUAUGGUACAAGCCAAAUUGCUCUGUAUGUUUGCCAAUCUGUACGAUGUUUUAAUGUGCUGUAAUAUAUUCUGAUAUUCAUAUAUUGUUAUUGGUUAAAACAUUUGUAUCAAUAACACAGUUUGUAAAUGGUAAUAAAUGCUACAGCUUUGUCCUUCA